AUGACAUCUUCUUUGGGGGAGAAAAAGAAACGAAAGAAACACACUGCUGCAGUUGCUGCUGCAGUUGCUGCUGCUGCAGUUGCUGCUGCUGCAGUUGCUGCUGCUGCAGUUGCUGCUGCUGCAGUUGCUGCUGCUGCUGCAACUGUUAAGGAAUUUGCUGCUGCUGUUGCAGCUGUGGCUACUGCUGCUGCAACUGUUAAGCAGCUUGCUGCUGAAGUUGCUGCUGCAGUUGCUGCUGCUGCUGCUGCAGCAACUGCUGCUGCUGUUGAGCAACUGCUGCUGCUGCAACUGCUGCUGCAGCAGCAACUGCUGCUGCUGCUGCAGCAGCUGAGAAGGAGCUGCGUAAAGGUGAUGGAAGGGCCUCCAGAGGUGUACAGGUCCUCAACAAGAGCAAAAAGGCAACAGAAACCAGCAGCAGCAGCAGCAGCAGCAGCAGCAGCAGCAGCAGCAGCAGCAGCUCGGUGCCAGCAGCAGCAACAGCAGCAGCAGCAGCAGCAGCAGCAGCAGCAAGAGCAGCAGCAGCAGCAGCAGCAGCAAGACCAGGGCCCCCCAGUGUAUCCACUCGACUCAGAACAUAUCAUACAAACUGCGAAGACAGUACCACUAGCAGCUUUCACUGCAACAGCAGCAGCAGCAGCAACAGCAGCAACAGCAGCAGCAGCAGCAGCAGCAGCAGUUGCAGCAUUAGUAACAACCGCUACGGCAGCAUCACGACGCGUUGAAGCCGUUAGCAGCGCUGUUGCUGCUGCAGCUGUAACAGGCGCGGCAGCAGCAGCCAUAGCAGCAGCAGCAGUGUGGAAGCAGCAGCAGCAACAGCAGCAGCAGCAGCAGCAGGUGGAAUAUAGCUGCAGCAGCAGCAGCAACAGCAGCAGCAGCAGCAGCAGCAGCAGCAGCAGCAGCAGCAGCAGCAAGAGGAGGCUGUCGAUGGUAGCAAAGCCUGAGGAAGAAGAAGCUGAAGGGUUCCUCCCUGCAUGCGUCGCUGCGUCAGAAGGCGGCAGCAGCAGCAGCAACAGCAGCAGCAGCAACAGUAGCAGCAGCAACAGCAGCAGCAGCAGCAGCAGCAACAGCAGCAGCAAACGCGCUGCGAAGCUGCAGCAGCAAGAGCAAGUUAUGCUGCAGCAGUCUGAGUGGCACUCGCAGGACCAUGACGAGGCCGCAGCAACAACAGCAGCAGCAGCAGCAGCAGCAGCAGCAGCUGGAGGAGGAGGAGAAACAGCAACAGCAGCAACAGCAGCAGCAGCAGCAGCAGCAGGAGAAGCAGCAGCAGCAGCAGAAGCAGCAGAUGAUGAGGUUGAGUCUCUAUACUCUUACUACUCAGCUCCUGAUUGCCUGCAGCGAACGGAGACGAGCUGCUGCUGCAGCCCGUUUGCUGCUGCUGUCUGCUGCAGCCCCAGCAGCAGCAGCGAUGCAGCAGCAACUGUAGCAGCAGCAGCAGCAGCAGAACAAACGGGGGAGUUUAUUGAGUGUAUAAGGAGAGCAGCAAGCAGCGGCUCCACCCCAUCACCAUUCCUGCUGCGGGCCUCAUCUGAUGCUUACCUGCAGCAGAAGCUGCAGCAGCAGCAGCAGCAGCAGCAGCAGCAGCAGCAGCAGCAGCAGCGGCAGCGUUCAUCACCUGUAGAAAGCUCGCAUGCAAGGAACGAUGAAACUGCAGCAGCAACAGAGAGGCAGCAGCUUCUGCUGCCGCAGCAGUUCUUGCUGCAACAGCAGCAGCUGCACAUGCAGCUGCAGCUGCAGCAGCACGAACAGCAGCACAGACAGCAGCAGCAGCAGCAGCAGCAGCAGCGGGGGACUCCUCUCAGUCCUAUCAUCCAAAGGGAAGGCCUCCAUCUCGGUAUCAGCCCUGUGAAUGCCUUGAGCGAGCAGCCGCAGCAGCAGCAGCAGCAGCAGCAUGAGCUACAACAACAGCACAAGCAGCAGCAGCAGCAGCAGCAGCAGCAGCAAUCUCAUGAGCAGCAGCAGCAGCAGCAGCAGCAGGAACCGUCACGGCAACAAGUGUUGCCCUCCGUUAGUUGUCGUUGGCCUGAAGCCUCAGCCGAAUCCCCAGCAGCAGCAGCAGCAGCAGCACCAGCAGCAGCAGCAGCAGCAGCAGCAGCAGCAGCAGCAGCUCGGCUCAAGGGCCCCCCUCAGCUGCUGCACGGCAGCGCCCACCACGCGAGCAGCGCCUGCCGCCGGUCGCGGCGGCCUUCGUUGCCAGUGCGCUGCCGUUUGCUGCUGCAGCAGCACCUGCAGCUGCAGCAGCUGCAGCAGCAGCAGCAGCAGCAGCAGCAGGGGAAUGCAUCAUACGACUCCAGCAGCUACAUGCAUCUGCGGCACAUGCAGCAACCUGCUGCUGCUGCUGCUGCUGCUGGCGCCUUUCGUCGCUGCCUCUCCUGUGAUGAAGGCUUUACAGAUAAGGAUCAGCAGCAGCAGCAGCAGCGGCUGCUGCUGCUGCUGCACUCAGGGGCGUCGAUGAGCAGCAGCAGCAGACACAGCAUCAGCAGGAGCCCCACACUCCGCUGCA